AAUUCUGACGCAGACAGCAAAGGCGGAGGCCGACCGGUCACCAAUUGCGUGGUGAACUCAUGCCCGACAAAAUCCACUUGCAGCAGCAACACUACCGCAAUCAUAUGAACUUGUUGUGAGCUCGCUUGCUUGAUCUAAGCGUCUAGAGCAGUGAAGUUCGACGUGCUGCAUCAAUGGAGAACCCUCCCGUGUUGGUGCAGCACUUUCUGUUCGUGACCAGCCCGCUGCACGGCCACAUGAACCCGGUGCGCUGCCUCGCCGCCCGCGUGGCGGCGGCGAAUCCCAGCCCGCGCGUCACCUUCUCCACCGCCGUCUCCGGCCACCGCCUCAUGUUCCCCUCCCUCGCGUCACCCGACGAGGAGGUCGUGGACGGCGCGCUGCUGCACGUCCCCUACUCCGAUGGAUUCGACGAAGGCUUCAACCCGAAGGUGCACGACGUGCGCUCGUACAGCACGCGAGCGCGUGCCGUUGGGUGCGAGACCCUCUCCGGCGUCGUCGCGCGCCUCGCCGCGCGUGGCUGCCCCGUGACGCGCGUGGUGUACACCUUCCUGGUUGGUUGGGCCCUAGACGUCGCGCGCGCGCACGGCGCCCGCGCGGUGCUCUACUGGAUCCAGCCGGCCACCGUGUUCGCCGUGUACUACCACUACUUCCACGGCCACGGCGCGGCGCUGGCCUCCUGCGCCAACGACCCUGGCCGCGACGCCAGCGUCCAGCUGCCUGGGUUGCCGCCGCUGAAAUCCAAAGCGCUCCCGUCCAUAGUGUCCAUCACCUCCCCGGAGCAACCCUACUACACGGCGCUCACCGCGCUGCACGACAUCUUCUCGGCGCUCGACGAGCACAGGCCCAAGGUGCUGGUGAACACGUUCGACGCACUAGAGCUGGACGCGCUCCGCGCGGUGCCGCAGCUCGAGCUCGUCGCCGUCGGUCCGGUAGUGCGGGACGAGGCGUCUUCGUUGAGCACCAGCUCGUUCCAGCGCGAGAACGCGAAGGAGUGCAUGGACUGGCUAGACACGAAAGCCGCGCGCUCCGUGGUGUACGUGUCGUUCGGGAGCAUGCUUCAAUUGAGCAAGCGUCAGGGGCUGGAGCUGCAGCGCGGCCUAAAGGCCACCAGCCGGCCGUACCUGUGGGCGCGCAGGGGCGCGGAGCAAGAAGGGCAAGACGCAGACCUGGACGAAACGAACGGAGGCGCCGGCAGAGAGCAAGGGAUGGUGGUGGAGUGGUGCGAUCAGGUACGAGUGCUAUCACACCCAGCGGUCGGGUGCUUUAUAACACACUGCGGGUGGAAUUCUGCGCUGGAGAGCAUCACGCGCGGGGUGCCCGUCGUGGCCGUGCCGCAGUGGACAGACCAGCCGACGGUGGCGUGUCUGGUGGAGGAGCGCGCAGGCGUGGGCGUGUGCACGCUGGUGGACGGCGAGGGGGUGGUGGAAUGUGCCGAGCUCCAGCGGUGCGUGGAGACCGUGAUGGGCGACAGCGACCGCGCCGUGGACAUCCGAGCAUCUGUGGAGCAGUGGAGAGAGCAAGCGAGGGAGGCAGUCGCCGGCGGUGGGAUGUCAGAGAGUAAUCUCCGGGUGUUUGCGUUUGGGCUAUGAUUGAGCGGGCUGUGGAUGGUAUGGUAGGUAGCAAUAUGCACUGAGCAUAUAUACCUGGACUAAUAAGGGUACGUUUACUUGACCGGUAUUGCUAUAUUUUAAUUACCUAGGCAUUUUGAAGCCUCUUCUCACCCGAAUUUUCCUUUUUCUCCCCUUUGUUGUGUUUAAUCAUGCCUGGUGUGGAGUUGUAUGUGUGCGUGUGUUGGACUGACCGUCAGUUUUGGGUGAGUUUACUCAGUUAGCGCAUGAGUUCAGUUAGAGGUUGUUAGCUCUGACUGAGCAUAGCGGGAUCAUGGCGUCGUGUUUAUCAUGGGCGCUAGAAUCGGUCAGGACGUGUUUCGUGUGAGUGCCUAUGGACCUAAUAAAUAGGAAAGCCAAAAAAAGAGGGGAUUAGUUCCUGAACCCCAAAAAACUCGUUGUGCGCACUCUGCGCUGAACUCGCUCGCUUAAAUCACUGUUCAUCAUCUGAAAUCAUUGUAGU